UUGAUCUAGAUGCUAUACUCCUAUUGAUGCAGCCCAGAAUUGCAUUGGCUUUUUUAGCUGCUGCAUCACACUGUUGACUCAUGUCAAGUUUGUGGUCUACCAAGACUCCUAGAUCCUUUUCACAUGUACUGCUCUCAAGCGAGGUGUCACCCAUCCUGUAUUUGUGCCUUUCAUUUUUUUGCCCAAGUGUAGUACUUUACAUUUCUCCUUGUUAAAAUUCAUCUUGUUUGCUUUGACUUCUUCAGUCUUGAACUGAUUUUUUUUAAUCAAAUGAACCAGGGAAUUGGGGUCCAAGCUUGUAAGAAGGAGUAGCGGCUUUGAGCCACAGAACCUCCCAUUUUAGGGCUGCCUUGCCACGUGUUCUUCCCAGGAGCAACCCCACUGAACAUCGUAAGACUUAUUUCUGAGUAGGCAUGCUUAGCGUCAUGCUGGAAAUGUUUGAAGUUGCACCUUGAAGUUGCUUGAAAACAUACCUGUGUUGAUGACCCCCCACUCCUGAAAACAACCCAGGGGUGUAUCUCCCCCCACAACCUCAAAAGUGGCUCCAGGGGGCUGGAGGACCCUCCAGAACAGAUUUGGAGGAGGCACACCAGCUAAGAAAGGGGAAGUCUCUGGGCCACUUAUAGAGAAUUAGUGAUAGAGGUGGAAAGCCAGUUGAAAUUUAAAACAUUUGAGGAAAUAAAAGAAUUAUUGAUUGAUUAGUUGCAUUAUCAUCAGAUAAAUGAAGUGUUUAAAGAGGAUAAAAAGAAAGAUGGUUUUGAAACAACAAGAUCUAGAUUUCUUUAUUGGUUGUUGUUUUUUGUUAAAAUUUUGUAAUGCUUUUUUUUUUAAUAUAAUUUUUAUUAGAUUUUAACAAGAAAUACAAGAAAAAAGAAAAAGGCACAAAAAAGAAAAAUACAUAAAAAAACGACAAAAACAAAACAAAACAAAAAAACAGAUUCAGACUUCCUCAUUUCCCCUUCUUGAGUUCUUAUUGUUAAAAAUAGUUCUCGCAUUUUCCCAUUCUAACUUCACAUUCUUUUUUCUAAAUUUCAACUUUUUCAUCUUUUUCAUUGCUAUUAUCCAUUCUCCUUGUACUUUAACCUCUUUUCUCUUAACAUCCUCUCUCCAAAAUUAUUAUUAUCUAAUCCCUAGUCUCUUUCCCUUACCCAAAAAUAUAUAAGAUUCACAUCCUAAUUUAUUACCCAUUUACUUCCACCCACACAACAAAGUUCCCACCCCCCCUUCCCUGGAAUCGAAGUCUCCAGAUGAAUCAGCCAGGUUCUUCAUACAAUCCUUAAUACAUUCCGAGAUCAGACCAUAUUAUUUCAGACAAUACCAAAUAAUCCAAGACCUCUCAACCCACCCCUAGUCUGUCCCAUACCAACUUUUGCCGAACUCUUGCCCCCCUCUUCUGUAAUCCCAUCACUUUGUAUCUUUGCACCUUUUCAUCCUCUUUCUGCCCCCCAACUGUUUGUGUCCUCCCCUCUCUCACCGGGGCGCUGAUUUUCCCAACCUCUUUUUUGGGGUGCUUUUUUGCUUUUACCCUCUCCUGUUUCACUUCUCUCACCAGUGAAACAGUGUUUUCUCCUACUUUCCCUCCCUGUUCCACCCCUCCCACCAGUAGAACAGUGUUCUUUUCAGGAAAUAAAUCCAUUGGUUCAGCAUAUUGUCCUUCAGUAUUAUCUUUCUCCUCUUCUAUGUUUUUUACAUACGUCACUCCAGCACAGUCCUGGUCUUCCAAUCUUUUUUCUUCUCCCUUCUCCUGCUCUUCUAUAUCUGUUGGAUCCUGUGUUUUACAGUCAAAAACAAAUGUCUCGACAGUCUCUUCUCUCAGAAAGUUUACAUCAAGCUUGGAGAUGCUCACUUGCUUAGUAAGAUCCAAAAUUGUUGCCAAUAUUAAGUCCCACUGUGUGACUUCCUGUCCACUCUCUGGAACCUUCUCUCCUAUUCCUUUGUCUAAAACCUCCUCCAUCUUUGUACAGACCGGCCGUGGAGUUGAAAUUUUAGUCCAAUAUAUAUGAAAAGUGAACAAAUAGGCAAACAGCCAAGAAUCCAGUCCCACUUGGUCAGAAUCUCUCUCUUUACUCCUUCUUUUCCUCAGAGUCAAUACUGAGCAGCCUCAAGGCAAAACAAGUCCUCUUUCACUGUUUACAGCUCUCAGUCUCUCACAUUCAGCCAGACACAUUCCUUUGUAUUGUGACGUUAAUCAGCAAACUGACUGAUCUUUCCUUUGACCCGACUCCAGGCUCGCAGGGGGCUUUUCUCAUGCUGGAUCUCAGUCUUUUGCAGAGAUAAAUACACCGCUUACUUUUUCCUUUACUCUGCCUCAGGAAAAAGCUCUUUUUACAGCAUUUCUGGGUUUUCUAGCUUGCUGCGAUCUUUAGUUACUCAAUCGGGGGGAGAUGACUUCCCUUUUUAAUCUCCGCCUCCCACUGCCAAAUUCUUGUUUCAAAUUGAUUGGUUUCAACUUACUUCGUCCAGAUCGUAACUUUUUCAGGAAGAAUCCACCGCCUGCAGGUUGGAGGCUCGGAGCUUCGCUUCUUGGAGGUAACGAUGGUAUGCCUAAAAUGGCUCCCGCGACUGCCACUCAGCUGGCUCUCAGGGGCUCUUGCGGGCUUCCUGGGCAGCUGAGGAGUCGCUUCUGGAGCUCCGCCAGGCAAAAUUUGCCCCCUGGACGCUCAACCAGGGGUAUUUACGGGGAUCCGCGUGCCCCCGCGGAUUUCCCCCCCCUCCGCGAUGCCAGAAACCUCGCAGCGCGAGGUUUCUGCGCCUCCAUUUUUAAAGAUUUAAAAUAAAGAGCUUUUUAAUAAUAAAAAAUAAAAAAGAUCUAGAUUUGAGAUAGAUUUAUUGAAUGAUAAGACAAAAAUAUUGUCAAAAAUGUAUUAUAAUAAUUAUAAUUGGAAUCGGUAAUGAUACAUUGGGUUAAAGAUAUUGAACAUAAUAUACAGUUAGAAGAAUGGGAGAUGUUAUGGAAUGAAGGUAUUAAUUUUACAGCAUGCAGUACGCUUAAAGAAAAUGUUAUGAAAAUGAUGUAUAGGUGGUAUUUAACACCAGUGAAACUGGCCAAAAUGCAUAGAACAAAAAAUGAAUGUUGGGAAUGUAAGAAAAACUGUUCUUCUAUGAAACAACGGCGGCAAGAAUUUUGUUACCCCAAAGAUGACAACAAUUGGGAGUUACCAACGAAAGAAGAGGGGCAGAUGAAAAUGAUGGACUUUGCAGAACUGGCGAAACUGACCAAAAGGACUGGAACAAAUAUAUAUUAUAUUUGAAAGACAACUGUGAGAAGGAAUGAAGGAAAUGCAGCGGGUAUAAGGAAGCUUGUAGAAUGCCUCUGUAGGUCGGAUAAGGAAAACUGGCCCAAAACAUUCCAGCUGGCAUUGGAGCAGACCGGAUGUUAUGACCAAAGUGAACUGUGGGAUUUGAACGAAGGUAGUGUCGGUGACACCUGUGUGGAAAUGAGAGACGAAGACGAGGGAGCCUGUGCUGUUGAUAUCAAUAUACAAUUUUCUGAAGAAGCCGAAUCGGACAAUUUUAGCGCGAGUCUGGGUUCCUCGUCAUUGGGUCCUUGUCCCCGAUCCGUUUAUGUUCCAAAGGAGGCCAGGAGUUACCAGACUGAACUUGCCCGGCCUGCUCUCAGUGGCAAGCAUACCAUCAUCUGUGCCCCUACUGGUUCUGGGAAGACUUUUGUGUCUAUUAUGAUAUGUGACCAUCACCUCCGCAACAUGCCUCCUGGACGGAAGGGGAAAGUGGUCUUCCUCACUACUAAAGUCCCAGUAUAUGAACAGCAGAAGAAAGUCUUCGAGGAAUAUUUCAAGGGAAAAUUCAGUGUUGCAGGCCUGUGUGGGGAAAGUGCAGUGGGUGUACCUUUGGAUAUGAUUAACGAGGCGACCGAUAUCACCAUCAUGACGCCUCAGAUUCUCGUGAAUUGCCUCAACCACGGAAAUCAAGUUUCCCUCUCGUCGUUCACGCUGAUGAUUUUCGACGAGUGCCACAACACGACCGGGAAUCACCCUUACAGCGUGUUGAUGUCCAGGUACUUGGACCUUAAAUUUGAGCAAGCCGCAACACCGCUACCUCAGAUUGUAGGACUGACAGCCUCUCUCGGAGUUGGCAAUGCCAAGAACCUGGGUGAGACGGUGGACUACAUUUGCAAGAUCUGUGCCUUGCUGAAUGCCGAAGUUAUAUCGACAGUCAGAGAAAACAUAAAGGACCUGGAGGAAGUUGUCUACAAGCCCCAAAAAUUGACUUGCCUCGUGAAGAAACGUCCCCAAAACCGCUUUGUCACCAUUAUUGCAGAUAUGAUGUCUGCAACUGAGAGCCUGGCAAGAAAACUCUAUGCUAUAGAUGCUUUGUCUCACAUUAAAAGUCAGUGUUUUGGAACCCAGAAAUAUGAGCAAUGGAUCGUUGAUGUGCAGAAGAAAUGCCGAGUGUUGCAGCUGCCAGACAAGGAGGAAGAAAGCCGCGUUUGCAAGGCUCUUUUUAUUUAUACAGAGCACCUUCGGAAAUACAACGACGCCCUCCUUAUCAAUGAAGAUGCGCGUACCCAAGAUGCACUCGCUUACCUGAAGGAGUUCUUUAAGAAUAUCCGAAGUGGGGGCUUUGAUGAAAUAGAGGAGGAGCUGGCAUCGAAUUUUGAAGCUAAAUUGCCAGAGCUGUGUAAAGAUUCUGAGGAUGAAUCCAAUGAAAAUCCCAAAUUGGAAAGGGUCACUUUUAUUCUGGAAGAAGAAUACCGCCUCAACCCACAGACACGGACUAUUCUCUUUGUGAAGACGAGGGCAUUAGUAGCUGCAUUGAAGAACUGGAUAGAAGAGAACCCCCAGCUUCAACACCUAAAGCCAGAUGUAUUGAUGGGCCGUGGAAAAAGAAAUCAGCAAACAGGUAUGACACUCCCGAAUCAAAAAGGUGUCUUGGACUCCUUCAAAACUGAUGGGGAUAGCAAGAUGCUCAUAGCUACAUCUGUUGCCGAUGAAGGGAUAGAUAUUGCUCAGUGCAACCUUGUUCUUCUGUAUGAAUAUACGGGAAACGUCAUCAAAAUGAUACAAGUCCGAGGACGAGGAAGAGCUAAAGACAGCAAGUGCAUCCUUGUGACGAGCAAAAAAGAACAGGAGGAGAACGAGAGAUAUAACAUCUUAAAGGAAAAGAUGAUGAACCAAGCCAUUGAGAAUGUGCAGAAGUGGGAUGAGGAGACAUUUGCGCAGAAGAUAAGCGACUUGCAGAAGAUACAAAAGAAAAUUCAAGAUUCCAAGAAGAAAGAGCCUCAGCGCAAGCUGGAGACGGGCAAGCGGAAAUUGUUGUGCGGGAAGUGUAAAGCACACGCCUGUGACGUGGAAGACAUCCGGGUGCUUGAGGUAGCUCACCACACUGUCAUAGAUAAGAACUUCAGGAACCGGUAUACAACAAAGCCUCAUAGCAAACCCAACCACUGGGGUCACUUUGAGAAAAAAAGCAAGAUAUACUGUAGCGAUGCCAAAUGCCAUCAUGACUGGGGCAUCUCGGUGAAGUACAAGGAAUUUGAGGACAUGCCCAUCAUAAAAAUUGAGAGCUUUUCAGUAUACGACGUUGUCAAGGGGAAGCAGAAUUAUUUCCGGAAAUGGAAAGAAGUUAAUUUUGCACUGAAAGAAUUUGAUAUUAAAGAAAUGUCCGAUUAAAAUGCAGAACGGGCCAAGCUACUUGUGGAACCUUUGUUCUGAACGAACAAGCAGGCACCUUCAAUUUUUAAAACUAUUCAAGGGGAAGGCUAACACUGAGUGCAUCUGCUGUCAAUAGCAUUAAACUCUACAUUUUAGCGUUGCAAUCACUGUAGAAGCUUCCUUUGACGCAUUUUGUACUUUAGCACUUAGGGGUGUGUUAGUCAGCAUUGCGUGAUCAAAUGCCAUUCUGCAAAACCUUUUUU